GCUAAAUCACUAUUAAACAAAGCACUUUCAUUUUUAGAUAAAAAAGUAUGUGGAAGUCUAAAUAUAACUGAAAACUUUAAAAGUGAAGAUUUGGCACAAUAUCUGGAUAUGGUAGAUAAAAUUAAUAAUACUAAUAUAAUUAAUUACUGGAAUGAAAAAAUAUUCUGGAGAGAUGAUUGGUGUGAUAA